AUGGGGAAACUUAUUGUAGAUUAUCUAAUAUCAGAAGGAUAUAGAGAGGCAGCAGAACUAUUAUGCCAAGAAUCUGGACUGGAACUGCCGAAAGACGACAUCAAAAAUCUUGACGCGCGUAUGAAUAUCAGAUGUGCUAUAAUAGAAGGACGGCUGGAUGACGCAUUACAACUGGUAAAGGAGUUGUGUCCAACACUUCUGGACGAAAAUCGUGAAGUGCGAUUCCAUCUCAUGCAACAGAACUUGAUUGAGAUGAUCAGAAGAGGGGAAAUGGAAAAGUCGUUGGAAUAUGCUCAAGAAAACCUCUCAAAUGAUAAUACUUUAACGGAUUCUCAACUGGAAAGACUGGAGAAGACCUUCGCUUUGUUGGCUUUUGAGAAGCCUGCGCGAGAGCCCCUUCGGGAAGCUGUCUCUACUGAAGUGAACGGAGCUGUACUUCGAGCACUCAAUCGACCUGCUGCGCCCCGUCUGGAAGCAUUAUUGCGCAUGAUCGUGUGGGCUCAGAAGCAGCUGGUCACGGAUCGAGAAGAGGUCGUGGAACGACCAACUACUCUCCCUUAUUCCAGUUCUGCAAGGUAUAGCGGUGCAGGUUCUGGUGGGUCUACUGAUACAAACACGAUUGCUCGAUCGCUUUUUGGCGGCACGUCUUGCUGA